AUGUUUGAAGGCCGUCGUGUCGCUGACCGCUACCACUUGCGCCUUCACCGCGCACGCUCCGUCAUUCUCACCCCGGCCGAGAUGGUAGAGAUUCGCGCAGCGCAGCGAACCUUUGAAGGAGCUUACAUUCGUACUGCCAUUGGACAGUUCUCGUUUGCACUCAUCGUGCUCAAGAUCUUCACGGCCGAGUUCUACUCGAUCGGUGCGCUGUUCGCUGUGUAUGGAGCAGGCAUUCUGUUCAUCAGCUUGUUCAGACGACAGCAAGGCAACAGACAGUUCUUCUCUGAGCUGGGCGAGGAUGGGCUCCAUAGGAAGAAAUUCAGAACGAGUGGGAAUGUGGUGAGCGUGUUGACGGCGUUGAGUAUGUCGGCGUACAUCUGCUUGCUGGUGCUCACGCUGCGACUCGAGACUUGA